AUGACAAAGGGGCCGAGUUGUCUGAGAAACUUGAUUGAAGCUCUUGAAGUUGCCAAGUUGGAAAAAGAAGCAGCAAAGUUGAAGGCCAUGAAUUCAGAUUUGGAGCAAAUGGUAGCAAAGUUGGAAGAAGCUGUCAAGUUAGAAGAAACAACAUCAGAGCUGAAAGCCAUGAAAUCGGAGGAAAACGUAGCGAAGUUGGAGAGCAAACUGCAAGUGAAGGAGGAGAAAAUGGUUGAAGACGGUGAGAAAUGUGCUGCGGCGCCAGCACCAUGA